AUGAGGUGGGUGUGUUAUCUUGUGAGAGCUGAUAUCUGGAAGCAAUUAAACAUCUCCGAGGUGUUUCCCCUGGUCUUUCAGAUAGCCAAUCUAAAUGGCUUUUUCAUCCAGUAUCUUUUCAGUGUGAAAAUACUUAUUUUUCUCCCCACUAAAAUUCUGCCAUUUGUGCUUCCAGGUUGGCAACCUCGAUGGUUUGUUUUAGAUAAUGGGAUAUUAUCCUAUUAUGAUUCACAAGAUGAUGUGUGUAAAGGAAGCAAAGGAAGCAUAAAGAUGGCUGUUUGUGAAAUUAAAGUUCACCCCGCAGACAAUACAAGAAUGGAAUUAAUCAUUCCGGGGGAGCAGCAUUUCUACAUGAAAGCUGUGAAUGCCGCUGAGAGACAGAGAUGGCUAGUCGCUUUGGGCAGUGCAAAAGCUUGUUUGACUGACACUAGAGCAAAAAAGGAAAAAGAAAUAAGUGAAACCAAUGAAUCUCUGAAAACCAAAAUGUCUGAACUUCGCCUCUACUGUGACCUCUUAAUGCAGCAAGUUCAUACCAUACAAGAAUUCGUCCAUCAUGACGACAGUCAUUCAUCCCCCAGUGUAGAGAAUAUGAAUGAAGCUUCAUCUCUGCUUAGUGCCACAUGUAAUACAUUCAUCACCACACUUGAAGAAUGUGUGAAGAUAGCAAAUGCCAAGUUUAAACCAGAGAUGUUUCAGUUGCCUCAUCCAGAUCCUUUAGUUUCUCCUGUGUCACCUUCACCUGUUCAAAUGAUGAAACGUUCCAUCAGCCACCCUGGUUCUUAUAGCUCAGAGAGGAGUAGUCACACUGUAAAGGAACCAGGACCUUCACUUCAUCGAAUCUCCCAGCGACGCAGAAGAACCUACUCAGAUACAGACUACAAUGAUAUUCCCCCUGAAGACCCAGAUAGACCUGUUCACUGUUCAAGAAAUAUUCUCAAUGGAGAUUUGGCAUCAGCAACCAUUCCUGAAGAAAACAGAACCACGUCCAAAAAAAAAUCUGAAUUGGAAGAUGUUCUUCCAUCCCUCUCUUCCUGAGGAAACUGAAGUGUCCAACUUUCUCUAAGUAUUGCUAUGCAAAAGCUGCUGUAAUUAUAUUGUUGUUAUAGGGAGUAGUUUUUUUCCCUUUACUUAGAAGGAUUUCUCUGCACUUUAUAGAAUAAUGUUUUAAAAAACCCAACAACUACAAAAAACCUCUGAAGUGUAUUUUAUCUUUAUAUAGUUUAUUUGCAAGAGUAUUUUCCUAAUAACUUUCACAAUAUGAAUGUGCAUCUCUUUCUUUGAACAAAUGAUGGUUUAAACAUUUAGGCAUUUAUGAGGAUAAAUGUUGAUAUUUUUUUAGAAAGUGUGAAGGACUGACCUUGUCAGUUUGUAUUGUCGCUUAUAAACAUGGAGCCUUUUGCACAGGUUUCAUUCUGACAGAAGUGUGAAAUAUAUGAUUGUGCCAUGGACCAACUGGUCACUUACCCCUUGAAAAUGUGUUACUGCACCCGGUGGACAGUGUUCACAUUGUCUUCCUUGAAGAAAAAACAAAACACAGAACAACUAAUGAUAUCUUAAUAUAUCUUUAGCCCACAUGACGUGACAUAUCAAGUAUUUUUUUAUAAAACCAGACUGUGUCAUCCUUCAGAUGUGGGGAUGGCACUACUGAAUUGUUGAUACCAAACUGUUGAUAUGAAGUAUUUAAUUUUCAUUUAUUUAUUACUUUCUGCUUCAUCAAAAAGAGGAUGACAUUCUGAUUUGUGACCAACCAAAUUUAAGAUGUGCAUAUGUUAUUUGCAUUGUACCAUAAAAAGAGGUUAGUUAAUGUUGCAAUGAAUUUGCUCAUUUUAAAACAAAGAAAUAAAA